AUGGCACAAAUGCCACCCCCUCCUGGCUUCCCCCAAGGGCAGGGAUUUGAUCCUUUCCCGCAGUUUGACACGGGUGGUCUUGACUCUGAUGAUUUCGGCGGGGACUGUGGCCAUGGACCACAGCGGAGCAAUAGCACCAAGAAGAACAAAGACGGCAAGAAGAAGAAUGCCCCUGUUGAGGUUCAGUAUGAGGGCUUUAUGCUCGAGAAAGCUCCUCCGGACCAAGUGGGAGAGAAGCCCAGCUGGUCCAGAGUUGGUCGUCGUCCUCUUCCAUUCGCAGACUCCAAACUAGCUAGGAUUUGCCAGAAAGUCCGCAUUGAGGACAGGAUGGGACCGAUGACCGCGUUGUCAAGGCUGUCUGGAAGCCAGCAAGGCGUCAUCACUCGACUCAUCGCCAAACGUCAACUGGAGGAGAAGAACAAAGAUGCCGAGUGGGUGCUGGAAGGCUUGUGGAAGGAGACUAAGAAAGUCUGGCGAACACGGACUAUAGAGGUUGUCAAGAUCAUGGUUAUCCUCAAGCGCCAGGAUCGGAAUGCUACGACUUCUGGUCAGAGGGUUGCCACUACUGCUACGGGGGCGAGUCUGUAUCAGCAGAGUGAGAUUAUUGAUCUCGCGGAGCCGGUAAAGGAGAAGAAGAAGGAGAAGAAAAAGAAGGACCGUGAUGAGGAGGAUGACCUGUGGGAUGGACCGCCUGGAGGUUUUAUGCCAGGUCCCUUUCCUGACGCUGGGCACGGUCAUCAUCAUCAGGAUGUGCCAAUCGUUGAGGUUCCGCCACCGCCUCAUGGCCACCAGCAGCAUCACCAAGGUCAUCAUGAUCAGCAACAUAUGCCACCAGGCGCAAUCCCUGUCGGUGCAUGGCCACCUCCACCCGGCCAACAGCAACAACAUCACGGCCCUCUCCCUCACGAUGGCAACCCCUUCCAACCCAACCCGCAAUUCAACUCCCCCGGCGCCUUCGACAUACCCCCAAGCAUGGCCGACCAACGCCAAAACCACUUCCAAACCCGCGCAAUGACGCCCAACGGCCGACACUCUCGCUCCAGGUCCCGCGAAGAGCAAGAACGUCGCCGACGCUACUCCUCGGAACGUCGUCAACAGCUCGACUCGCAACGACUCGAGCGUAAGCUUGACGAUAUCCAAGACCGUCUUGAGGAUCGCGAGGAGAGGAUCAAUGAUAUUAUCAAUAAAGUCGAAGACUGGAAUCUCCGCGACACACCUCCUUCCUCGGCGGACUCCUUCCGCGAUGGGGAUGAUCUCUGGAGUGCACCGUCCGGAGGGUCGUUCACGCCGCCGUCCUCACCACCUCUCAGUGCUGUCAUGAUGGAGGGACCGAACGGGUCUUUGGGGAGAAGAGCAUCUCACAAACAGUAUCACUCCCGUCGCGACUCCGGCUACAACGCCUACCCAAGAGAAUACCACCGCCGCAGCGCAGCCCAAGUCGUCCUCGAACCGCACAUCAACAACCCCCGCCACCAACGCAUCGACUACGGCCCCCAACCCCUCCGUCGACGCAGCGACGCAACAGGUCUCGGACUGCGCUACCCCAACUCCCCGAACGGCGGCUCAUCGCCGCGCCGACAUGGUGGUUCGCGACCUUUGCUCCACCAUGGGAAUACCUGGAAUGGGAAUGCCAGAGAUGACUAUCUUGGGACUCCAUAUGCGGAGCGGGAGAGGCCGAGGGCGAUUGCGCAGUAUCCUGCUGGGGAGGAGUAUGGGGUGGCGGAUUUUAACGGGGGGAGGAGGAGGAGGUAUUAUGGGGAGAGGAGGGAGAGGGAGAGGGAGAGGGAGAGGGGUUAUGUUGUUGAUGAGAGGAGGGGUGGACGGAGGGAUAGGGAGAGAGAAAGGGAGAGGGAGAGGGAACGAGGGUAUUUUUGA